GCAGAUGCUGAUGGUGAUUAUCAGAAGGACCAUAAUGACUCCUAUGCAGGACUGUGUUGAUUUAGAUUUUGAUGGGAAUUAUUUUAUGUAUAUCUACUCUGAGGACUUUAAUUUUGAAAAGCAGUCACAAUUAGCCUCUUAGUUCAGAAAGCAGGAAGUACCAGUUGUACUGCAGAAAUUCAGAAAAAUUGUGGUAGCUGUGACAUCCCCAAACAUCUUCUUUCUUUGCAUCUGUUAAACGCAAUGUCUUUUCACAGUUGAAUCAUAAACUUCAUAAACGACUUGAUGUCUCCAGCAAAGUUUUUUGAGUCACUGUUUAACUUACUGGAUAGUUAGAUGCUAGAGAAUUCUAACAAGGCCAGUACAGUGAAAAGACAUUAAUACAACAGACUGAGAAGGAUGCUCAAGAAUUGUGUGGAAUCAAGAUUUAGACAUUCCAAGGACUCACAUCAAUCUGAUUUUUCUGCAUAUCAAGUACUAUAUAAGCAUGGCAGAAGGUCGGACAGACUCAGCAGAUCUUAAAGGCACAGCCGAAGAGGUGCACUUUGUCAGCGCACAUUCCUCAAAAGCAUCCAGUCGUUCCUCAAGAGCAUCCAGUCGUCACUCAAGUGCCAGCAUAGGGGUUUUCAAAGCAAGUGCAAAAGCAGAAGCCGCGCAAGCCAGAGCAGCGCACGCUAAAAGAGAAAUAGAAUUGAAAGUUGAACAGACGCGUCUUCAAGCAACACUGGAGGCUUUGCAAGAGGAAAAAGAAAAGGAUGCUGCUUUAGCAGAAGCUCAUGUACUGGAGGAAGCAUUGUUAGAAACGGAGCGUAGCACAGCCAGUAGAGUAUCAGUUCCUGUUCCCAUCGAGGACAGUCGAAGUCGAACAGCAGAUUAUGUGAAAACACAAUCUAAGGUCAGUAGUGGUACACUGCCAUCUAGUGGAGGGAAAGAAAUGCAACCAGCAGUUCAAGCUUCUCACAUUGUAAGUCCAAUUAAAAGUGAGUCAGAUUUUAAGGACUUACCAAUUGGUUCACAAAUCAUGGAUUUUGGUGCAGACAUGUCUCAGAAUGUCACCAGAAUGCAGUCUCCUUAUCACUAUCAAAUGCAGAGUAGACCUCCUGAUAAAGAAGAUUCUUUGUGCAUUACCUAUGAUCUCGCAAAGUAUCUAGCUCGUACGCAGCUUGUGUCAGCAGGGCUUACUUACUUUGAUGACAAGCCCAUUAACUACUGGGCAUGGGAAUCAUCUUUCCAAGGUACUAUUUCUGGUCUUGGUCUUUCUCCUGCAGAAGAGCUUGAUCUCUUAAUUAAAUACCUGGGUAGAGAAUCUUCUGAGCAUGCACGGAGACUGAAAACUGUUUAUAUCAGAAAACCAUCAGCUGCGCUGAUAAUGACAUGGCAGAGACUUGAGGAAAUAUACGGUUCUCCAGAAGCAAUUGAACAUGCUCUUUUUGCUAAACUUUUUUGCUCUUUUUGUCAAACAAAGACCCACAAAAGCUUCGAGAUUUAGGAGAUAUCCUCUCAGAACUAGAAGCUGCUAAGCUUGAAGGAUACUUACCAGGUCUGGCAUACUUGGACACUUCUAAGGGAAUGAGUCCUAUUGUGGAGAAACUUCCAUAUAAUAUUCAAGAAAAGUGGAUGUCAUUUGGAUCCAAAUAUAAGCAAGAAUAUCAUGUUGCUUUUCCACCUUUCUCAGUGUUUGCAAAUUUUGUUCGUUCAGAAGCAAAAGCACGUACAGAUCCGAGUUUCAGUACAUUUCCUCACACGAAAUAUGAGAAAGGAGAAAGAUUUGAGAGACAAAGACAAAUGCCAAUAUCUGUUCACAAGACUCAAGUUAAUCCUUCAACUAAAGUAAGAUCUGAACAGGAAAAAAGAUCAGUUAGCCCGAACAAAAGCUGCCCAAUACAUGGAAAACCUCAUCCAUUGAGAAGAUGCAGAGGGUUUAGAGAAAAGUCUCUACAAGAUAGAAUGCAAUUCUUGAAAGAGCAGUCUGUGUGUUACCGUUGCUGUUCUUCUACAGACCACCUCGCCAAAAACUGCACCGUAGAAGUUCAGUGCAAAGAGUGUGGUAGUGACCGUCACCCCUCGGCACUUCAUCCAGGUCCUGCACCCUGGAAGUCUCAGGCAUCUACCCCUUCCUCAGACUAUGGCGGGGAGAAUGACAAAUCGUCUAGUCAUGAGGUUACAUCUGAAUGCACAGAAGUUUGCGGAGAAGGUCUGAGUGCACGGUCUUGUUCAAAAAUUUGUCUAGUUUCUGUCUAUCCAGCUGGUCAAAAAGAGAAAUCAAAGAGGAUGUAUGCUAUCCUGGAUGAGCAAAGCAAUCGCUCUUUGGUGAGAAAAGAUUUCUUUGACAUCUUCAACAUCAAAACAAGUCCAUUGCCCUACACACUGAAAACAUGUGCAGGCCUUCUAGAGACAGCGGGUAGACAAAUUUCUGAUUUUGUUGUGGAGUCCAUUGAUGGAAAGAUAAGUCUACCUCUCCCUACUCUUCUAGAAUGUAAUCAGAUUCCAAAUAAUCGUACAGAGAUUCCAACCCCUGGUGUAGCAUUCUAUCACAGCCACCUGAGACAUAUUGCACAGGAAAUACCAUCUCUCGACUGCGAUGCUGAGAUUCUUCUUUUACUGGGCAGAGACAUCCUGCAAGUACACAAAGUACGCAAACAAAUUAAUGGCCCAAAUAGCGCCCCCUUUGCUCAAAAACUGGAUUUGGGCUGGGUUGUCGUCGGGGAUGUGUGUCUCAAAGGAGCUCAUAGGCCCACUUCAGCUCAUACUUUCAAGACUUUCGUCUUAGAAAAUGGCCGUCACAGCUUUCUGAGUCCAUGCUACAGUCAAAUCAAGGUAAAAGAGAAGUUGGAUGUUAAUCCACAACAGCAACAACCUCUGGAAUCCACAUCUGAGGACUCCAUUCUGUUAGUGCCUGAUGGUGAAAGCAUUGGUCAUUCAGUUUUCUCUUACACUGUAAAUGAUCAUAAGAUGGCUCCAUCUGUGGAAGACACUAGGUUUCUCCAGAUUAUGGACAAAGAGUUUUUUCAGGACAGUGGCAGCAGUUGGGUUGCGCCACUACCCUUUCGUGAGCCCAGACAAAGUCUACCCACCAACAAAGACUACGCAUUGAAACGUCUUCUUGCGCUGCGACACACUCUGAACAAGCGACCGCAAAUGAAAGUACACUUCCUGGAUUUUAUGGAGAAAAAUCGUGCUAUAGAGACUGAACUAGUAAAGGAAGAAGUGAAGACCAAUGGAAAUGCCUGUAAGACAGCUGAUGAGUUUAUUGAAGCUAAUGUUGCAUAAUAAUGACUAAAUAAUGAGGAACGACUUAUGAUUUUACACUGUCAUCCAUGUGCUUGAAAUAUAUGAAUAUCAGAGUUAGCAACACAACCUUUUAAUCAAACUGAAUUCAGUAAUCUUUAAAUGGUGUACAUACAGCACUAUAAACUCAGGAUGAAUGCAAAGUAUUUAAUAAAAUAUUUAAAAGUAUGACAUUUUAAAACUUAGAAAACUUUUUGAACUUAUAUGGUAAAUGGCAAAGCAACUACAUCUAGCAAAGUUAAGCUUAAAUUGAUCAAAUUUAUUAUUUAAACCAUUUAUUUAAAAAUAUUUUUGCUAGGAUUUUUUGAGUGCACUCAGUGUAAUAAGCAGAAGAGAAAAGUACUGAGUUUAGAACUAAACACUAGUUUAUAAUACUAAACACAUCUUGUUGUAGUGCUUUUUGUGAGUAAAACAGUGAUGAAUUACUAAGAAGAGUGACAGGAAAAGACAAACGGGAAACAAGUAGCCACGAGAGCUAAUGACAGAGAAGCACAAUGAUUCACCUUCUUCAAGUUUCUGCACAAUGAAGCAUAUAUAAAGCACAAGGUGGAGACGAUUAGGAGUCCCCAGCUUUCUGGAUACCCUAUGGCUCUGAUUGCAUGAGAAGCCAUUUCAACUUAACAUCAACACUGAACUUCACUUCAAACUGAGAGCUUUUGCAUCUCUGAAAGAAAUAGUCAUCAUUUCCCAUUUUCAACUUUCUUAUUAGCCCGUCUAUUAUUAUAUUUGUACUCGCUCUUCACACGAUCAAACUUCAUGAUUUGAGGUUUAUGGUGCCAUAUUUGACAUCAGAAUUUAUCAAUGUUUUGAUCUGAGAGUAAAAAAAGGCUUGAAUUACUUGUUUAUCAUACAAAGCGAUUGUGUCCCUUAAGAAUACUUACAGCAACGUAUCAGUUUUUCAAUAGCAGCACAAAUUUAAUUCCAUACCGUUAAUUCCAACUCUAUUAACAGUUCACCCGUCAUGUAGUACAUUUAGAUUAAGAAAUAUAACACUUACAAUGGACUAUACUAAAACAGAUUCUUGUUAUUAUGUCUGUUUUAUUUAGUAUACCCAAGACAAGCAGAUCCAAACACAAGUGUGUGUUCAUCAUGUGGAAGGUGAAAUAUGUUUAAUGCUUUAUUCCUUUUUGCUCUGUUUCACUGCCUCUCAAGUUUAAAGACUCUUCUUUAUCUGUCCUGAUACUGCAUCAGCUCAGUGUUUGUUAUGCCGCCACAGAAGAACUCAAGAGCUUCUGAAGUCUGUAACUGCACUGUCAGUCACAUCAGCAAUAUGUAAAAUGUUAUAGUACAAAAUGAUUUCUAUGUUCACAUUUGUUAAAAAAAUAUUUCUUUUGCAACAAACCAUAUUUCAGUCACUCUGUUUACCCUGUCAGGUCUUUUCUGUAUUCUUUUCAUCUGGCAACAUCCUGAUUAUUAAAUAAUGAUAAAUUAUCUAGUAUCUAGUCAAGCAUAUCAAAGUUUAAAACUCAUACUCCUCUGAAAAUGAAAAUUACAUUUAUUUGGUAGAUAUUUUUAAUCAACUAAGCAAAUAGCAUUUUAGGGACAAAAACUCAUGCACAUACAGAUCCUCUGAGACUGUACUGAUUCUUGGGACGGUCCCAUUCUGUAAACACAUGAAAAUAACUAAAAACAUAUUCCUUUAUUAAGAUGCUCAUCUGAUGAGUGGCAGACACAUAAACUAGUGUCUUGAGAAGGAAAGAUCAUGUUCAUGAAACUGUAUGAAGACUGUA